GCCGUGCUGUUUUUGUGGGUCGUUGUCGCUUUAAGGAAAUGCACUUGCAGCCAUUUUCUGGUCUUUGUGUUUAGUGGAUUAGCGGACAGGCAUUAUACCCGAGAAGAGCAUCACUUUAAGGCGAGGGACAGAAAUCGUUUAAAACACUACUUUGUAACCGUGCGGUACGACCUUGUCCGUCGGCAGCACCCUGAACGGACAUGCAAGUUUCAGACUGAGCUGUGGUGUGAGUGAACCCGUAUUGCCAUGACGACCCACGUGACCCUUGAGGAUGCGCUGUCCAACGUGGACCUGCUGGAGGAGCUGCCGCUCCCGGACCAGCAGCCCUGCAUCGAACCCCCGCCCUCCUCCAUUAUGUACCAGGCCAACUUUGACACCAACUUCGAGGACAGGAACGCGUUUGUCACGGGGAUCGCCCGCUACAUCGAGCAGGCCACCGUCCACUCCAGCAUGAAUGAGAUGCUUGAGGAGGGCCAUGAGUAUGCUGUCAUGCUGUAUACCUGGAGGAGCUGCUCAAGAGCCAUUCCACAGGUGAAGUGCAACGAGCAGCCCAAUCGUGUGGAGAUCUAUGAGAAGACUGUGGAGGUCCUGGAGCCUGAGGUCACCAAGCUCAUGAAGUUCAUGUACUUCCAGCGGAAGGCCAUCGAACGUUUCUGCAGCGAGGUGAAGCGGCUGUGUCACGCCGAGCGCCGGAAGGACUUUGUGUCCGAGGCGUACCUGCUCACGCUCGGCAAGUUCAUCAACAUGUUCGCCGUGCUGGACGAGCUGAAGAACAUGAAGUGCAGCGUCAAGAACGACCACUCGGCGUACAAAAGGGCAGCACAGUUCCUGAGAAAGAUGGCCGACCCUCAGUCUAUACAGGAGUCCCAAAACCUCUCCAUGUUCCUGGCCAAUCAUAACAGGAUUACACAGUGUCUGCACCAACAGCUGGAGGUGAUUCCGGGGUAUGAGGAGCUUCUGGCUGACAUUGUUAACAUCAGUGUGGACUACUAUGAGAACAAGAUGUAUCUGACACCCAGUGAGAAACACAUGCUGCUGAAGGUGAUGGGCUUCGGUCUUUACUUGAUGGACGGAAAUGUCAGCAACAUCUACAAGCUGGACGCCAAGAAGAGGAUAAACCUGGGCAAGAUCGACAAGUUCUUCAAACUGCAGGUAGUACCGCUGUUUGGUGACAUGCAGAUCGAGCUGUCCCGAUACAUUGAAACCAGUGCCCACUACGAGGAGAACAAGUCCAAGUGGACCUGCACUCAGAGCAGCAUCAGCCCCCAGUAUAACCUGUGCGAGCAGAUGGUGCAGAUCCGGGACGACCACAUCCGCUUCAUCUCGGAGCUGGCCCGCUACAGCAACAGCGAGGUGGUGACGGGCUCCGGCCUGGACAGCCAGAAGUCGGACGAGGAGUACCGGGAGCUGUUCGACCUGGCGCUGCGGGGCCUGCAGCUGCUGUCCAAGUGGAGCACGCACGUCAUGGAGGUGUACUCUUGGAAGCUGGUGCACCCCACCGACAAGUUCUGCAACAAGGACUGUCCCGGGACAGCCGAGGAGUACGAGCGUGCCACGCGCUACAACUACACCAGCGAGGAGAAGUUCGCCCUGGUGGAGGUGAUCGCCAUGAUCAAGGGCCUGCAGGUGCUGAUGGGCCGCAUGGAGAGCGUCUUCAACCAGGCCAUCCGCAACACCAUCUACGCCGCCCUCCAGGACUUCGCCCAGAUGACACUGAGGGAGCCGCUGCGGCAGGCAGUCCGCAAGAAGAAGAACGUCCUCAUCAGUGUCCUCCAGGCAAUUCGGAAGACGAUUUGUGACUGGGAGGGGGCGAGGGAGCCGCCCAACGACCCCUGCCUGCGAGGGGAGAAGGAUCCCAAGGGGGGAUUUGACAUUAAAGUGCCUCGCCGAGCUGUGGGGCCUUCCAGUACACAGCUGUACAUGGUACGUACCAUGCUGGAGUCCCUGAUCGCAGAUAAGAGUGGCUCCAAGAAGACGCUGCGCAGCAGUUUGGACGGCCCUAUAGUGCAGGCCAUCGAGGACUUCCACAAGCAGUCUUUCUUCUUCACCCACCUGCUCAACUUUAGCGAGGCCCUGCAGCAGUGCUGCGACCUGUCCCAGCUGUGGUUCCGGGAGUUCUUCCUGGAGCUGACCAUGGGCCGGCGCAUCCAGUUCCCCAUUGAGAUGUCCAUGCCCUGGAUCCUCACCGACCACAUCCUGGAGACCAAGGAGCCCUCCAUGAUGGAAUAUGUGUUGUAUCCAUUGGACUUGUACAAUGACAGUGGUUACUACGCUCUGACCAAGUUCAAGAAGCAGUUCCUGUACGAUGAGAUCGAAGCCGAGGUGAAUCUAUGUUUUGACCAGUUUGUCUACAAGUUGGCAGAUCAGAUAUUUGCCUACUACAAAGCAAUGGCUGGGAGCGUCCUGCUUGACAAGCGCUUCCGAGCGGAGUGUAAAAACUACGGCGUGAUCAUCCCGUACCCGCCCUCCAACCGCUACGAGACUCUCCUGAAGCAAAGACAUGUGCAGCUCUUGGGCCGCUCCAUUGACCUGAACCGGCUCAUCACCCAGAGGAUCUCAGCAGCCAUGUACAAGUCCCUCGACCAGGCCAUCAGCCGGUUCGAGAGCGAGGACCUCACCUCUAUUGUGGAGCUGGAGUGGUUGCUGGAAAUAAACCGGUUGACGCAUCGCUUGCUGUCGAAGCACAUGACCCUGGACAGCUUUGACGCCAUGUUCCGCGAGGCCAACCACAACGUCUCCGCCCCCUACGGGCGCAUCACGCUGCACGUCUUCUGGGAGCUCAACUUCGACUUCCUGCCAAACUACUGCUACAACGGCUCUACCAACAGGUUUGUAAGGACAGCCAUUCCCUUUACCCAGGAGCCUCAGAGGGAUAAACCAGCCAAUGUUCAGCCUUACUACCUGUACGGGUCCAAGCCCCUGAACAUCGCCUACUCCCACAUCUACAGCUCCUACAGGAACUUUGUGGGCCCCCCACACUUCAAGACCAUCUGCCGCCUUCUGGGUUACCAGGGAAUCGCCGUGGUGAUGGAGGAGCUGCUCAAGAUUGUCAAAAGCCUGCUGCAAGGCACAAUCCUCCAAUAUGUGAAGACUCUUAUAGAGGUGAUGCCCAAGAUCUGCCGGCUACCACGCCAUGAGUACGGAUCUCCAGGCAUCCUGGAGUUCUUCCACCACCAGCUGAAGGACAUCAUCGAGUACGCCGAGCUGAAGACGGACGUCUUCCAGAGCCUGAGGGAGGUGGGGAACGCCAUCCUCUUCUGCCUGCUGAUCGAGCAAGCCUUGUCCCAGGAAGAAGUGUGCGACUUGCUGCACGCUGCCCCCUUCCAGAACAUACUCCCCAGGGUCUACAUCAAAGAGGGGGAGCGUCUGGAGGUGAGAAUGAAGAGGCUGGAAGCAAAGUAUGCUCCCCUUCACCUGGUUCCCCUGAUUGAGAGACUGGGAACCCCACAGCAAAUCGCGAUCGCGCGCGAGGGCGACCUGCUGACGAAGGAGCGCCUGUGCUGCGGCCUCUCCAUGUUCGAGGUGAUCCUGACGCGCAUCCGCAGCUACCUGCAGGACGCCGUGUGGCGCGGGCCGCCGCCCACCAACGGCGUCAUGCACGUGGACGAGUGCAUGGAGUUCCACCGGCUCUGGAGCGCCAUGCAGUUCGUCUACUGCAUCCCCGUGGGCACGCACGAGUUCACCGCAGAGCAGUGCUUUGGAGACGGGCUGAACUGGGCCGGCUGCGCCAUCAUCGUGCUGCUGGGUCAGCAGCGACGCUUUGACCUCUUUGAUUUCUGCUACCAUCUGCUGAAGGUCCAGAGGCAGGACGGCAAGGACGAGAUCAUCAAGAAUGUGCCCUUGAAGAAGAUGGCCGACCGCAUCAGGAAGUACCAAAUUCUUAACAACGAGAUCUUCGCCAUCCUCAACAAGUACAUGAAGGCCGUGGAGACGGAUAGUUCCACCGUAGAACACGUUCGCUGUUUCCAGCCCCCUAUACACCAGUCCCUGGCCACCACCUGUUGAAGUCAAGCCUCCUGUCAUCUCCUAGGCACACCGCUACACCCCCCUCCUCUCUAGUCCUGACCCCCCAUUUGAACAGAACUCGUCACCUUGUUGGUUUUGAGGGUCAUGCAGUUUUCACCUUUUCCUUCAUUCCCCUUUGUGUGAAUGCAUGUAUGCCAGUCCUUAUAAAUGUAAGCAAAAUAAGGACUGGCUCUGCCAUGGCUGCUGUCCUGCGGCAUCAGGGGGGGUAGCCCCCAGUGCCAGUGACCAUACAACCAUGAACACUCAAUACCCCCCUCAAAUCUGGGGGCUCAUGCAUUUCCCUGCUUGUUUUAUUUUUAGGAAAAGGAUUUAAUCUAUUAUGAGUUGUUCAGAGCGUUGAGGGGAAAAAAGAGAAACUAGCAGUUGAAAUACUAUCACAAGUUCCCUUGAGGCAGCAGAGUGGAUUUCAGAAGUUGGUAGAGCCGCAUCCUCAGCCAAUGCUUACUGAAGCAGACAUGAUCAAAUUUCAUUAAUUAAUCAGUCAACACACAGAAGAAAAGUGGGGCCAUAUUCAGUAUAAGUUUACUGAUUAAAAGACUUCAUUAAAGCGUUUUUUGCCUGUAUAACUUUGUAAGUGUUCUGGGAACCAAAUUAUGAUUUUGUUGGUUAAAGUUUAGGACAAAAGACUUUGGGACUACUUUUUGAAUCAGCACCCUAAAUGAUAUAAAAGAUGUUGGUUUAGUUGUUUAACUUAAUUAUGUUGUUAUUUUAAUGUUUCAUUAUAUUUAAGCUCAUUGUGUUGACUGGAGCCCCUCAAAAACCUUCUUUCUGUAAAUAUCCUAAUUAAUAUUUCAUUAUUUUAAUGCUGCGUCAGUGUAACAAAAUAUUUUGAACUGCAUGCCCCUCACCAUUGCAAAUCCAUCAGUUGUUUAUCCCAAGUAUAAAAUUUUAUUCUAAACCUUACCUAAGAAAAAAUGAGUUCAUUGACAUCACUGUCAAACAGUAGAAGUAGUGCUGUGUCACAUGGACUGGAUUCCUGUUUGUUUCCUCUGGUUCUGCGUAACAUACACAGACCCCUCCUCCGGCCCAUGACUUAAUGUUUUAAGAGGGCAAACGUUGCCUUGAAUCAUUUCACCAGUGCUGUCCCAAGCUGUCAAAAUGAGAUGCACUCAGCCAUCAAGACAAAGCAGAAAUAGGUCUGAGAUCCGUCACUGUAACCCUUGUCUACCAGACCUGAAUGAUUGAAGUAAAACUGGCAGAGAAACUGAUAAUAGCUUUCCCCCUGUUCGAUGAUACCUUGAUACCUUACAGCUGUGUAAUAAUAAUAAUAAUUAUAAUAAUAAUAAUAAUAUAAAACUUGACUCAGAUGAUUUCAAAACUUGGAGCAAAAUAUAUAUACAGGAUUAAAAAGGAUGGCCUGUCAUAAUAUGUGUCCUGGUGCUUUAAAAGAUGCUGUACUGUACAGAGAGGGAACUUGUAUGGUAGUACGGUAUGUUAGUGUUGACACACAAGGCUCUGAGCCCACAGGAUGACCUCCACGCUGGGGUCACCACAGUGUAAAUAACAGUCCCCACAAAUCCAUGUAUACAUAACCACAGAUGAGAUAUAUGAGAGAGAAAAUGAGUAGACAGCGGGAUCACACCUGUUUUGCUUUGUUGCUUUUAUUUAUUGUACUUUUUCCAGCUUUUCUCCAGCUUUAGAAUUGAGGGCAACGAUGCACCUCCUCUCCACUGCUGUAAAUUCCACUGAUGUAUUGCGAAGUGAAGUAUUGAGUGUUGUAAUUGUUAGGGGUUUUUUUAAGUAUUGAUAAUUUAACCUGUACCUUCAUACUAUGUUGGUCCUACUUCUGACUAGAUGUCAUCUAUUUUUGCAAGUCAGAUUCUUAAUGCUGUUUGUCUGUAAACAGUUUUAUAUUCUUAUUCUUUACAUAUGCAAAAACCGUGGCAUUGCUGCCCCCUUUCCAACUCCCCCAUCAGAGAAAGGUGUGCUACAUUUUAUCCAGACAAAAUCAUUCCAGAUACUUCUUGCUAGCAGAAAGGUCUAAAUAGAUGCACACAUGUAAAAUUAGACUCAACAGAAAUAUUUAAGUGGGCGGAGAUGAACAGUAGUCAAUGACAACUGGAGACCAAUCAGAUUCCCCUGUUAUGGUACAAACUGGAGGUCAGUGGGAAUUUGGGUAAAUUUGGGUUGUUACCUUUUCACCCCCAGAAGGAAAAGCAAUCAAUGAGGGGAAACAAGUCAGUAUUUAUCAUUGGCGCUUUACUUUCAGUGUUACCAAAUUAUGCUAUAUAUAUUUUCCAUUUUAUAUUCCAUUAAAGAAAAAAACAUUUUGGGAAAGAGUCAAAAAGUCUUAAAAAUGCA